AUGCAACACUUGGACUGGGAUUUUCCAGACUUUCAUUUCUUCCUUCUUCAUUAUUUAAUUUUAACCCCCCCAUUUUUUUCUUUGAACAAUCACCUUCAUUACGACUACAACCCUGAGGAAACUUGGUAUUCAAGCAAAACUGAAACCACAAUUUUUUUUUCUUUUCAGAUGCAUGACACAUUAAACGAAUCAAAUGAAACACUGACCAUUUUUAUUAAGUUUCCAACAAAAUUAAUAAAACAUUGGGAAAUAUCAAAGAAUAAUGGAUUAUUAUUUUUAAAAAGGUUGUCUGUGUGGGGAGGCAGUGCUCCUUAUUGGUCCAAACCAGCUGCCAAUCAUCUCUUGUGGGCGGAGCCCUGUCACGAAAGUGCUGAACUGACUCGCCGCAGGGGUGCCCCACUGACAGACACCGCUCCUACUAUGGGGUGGCUUUGCGUUGCUGUGGCAACGUGUGUGCUGGUGUCACGCUGUGUCAAAGGUGACCUCUGGUGGUGGAAAUAUGAAGAGGGAAUACGGCACUACAGCAAAGAAGCACUCAAUAAGGAGUUUCCAAACAAAACUCGUCCCGUCGGCUUCAAGCAUCCAGCCUUCCAGUGUCCUGAAAUGAGCCCCUCUCCUUCAGCCCCUUCCUCAGUGGAGUUGGUGAAGGCAGGUGAUAUCAAAGUGGUUGCCGCCCUGGGUGAUUCUCUCACAACGGCCAUCGGUGCCAACGCUACCACCGUCCUGGGCAUUCCAAUCGAGUUCCGUCACGUUUCUUGGAGCAUCGGAGGUUAUGGCUCAUAUGAGGACGUCAUUACUUUGCCCAACAUCAUCAAACUUUUCAAUCCCAACCUGCUGGGUGCCGCCCGAGGCAAAACGCUUCACGGCAUGGAGGCUGACCUGGGCCAAACGGGGCUCAACCUGGCCGUGACGGGACAGAACACCUUCAAUCUCCCUGGUCAGACAAGACAUUUGAUUGACACGCUCAGAAGUUUUGAGGGUUUAAACUUUGAACAAGACUGGAAGCUGCUGACCAUCCUCAUGGGCAUGAACGACAUCUGCGACUAUUGCAAAGACAAGGCGCUCUUCUCUCCCGAGAACUUCAUUCACUACAUGACUGUCUCCUUGGAAAUGCUCAUGAAUGAGGUUCCUCGCAUGAUCGUCAAUGUGGUGCAGAUCCUUCCCAUGCAGACGCUCAGGGAGGUGCAAAAGCCCACGCCGGGCUGCCUUCUCCAGCGCUCCUUCUGCUCCUGUCUGAUUGAACCGGUGGCCCGUUCUGCUGAGCUACGUGAGCUGGUGGAACUUAAUCUGGAGUUUCAGAGAAGAUUGGAAGCGUUGCUGCUCGCCGAUCGCUUCUUCCGAGAUGACUUUGCGGUGGUCUUGCAGCCAUUUUUAAAACAGGCCGACCCUCCUCGCCUUCCCGUAAUCCACAACAACAAUCCUGUGACAUCAUCACGCACGACAUCCCGUUUCUUCUCGCUCACUCGCUUGUGUCGUUUCUCCGAGCAGAGCGGCAAGAUCGACAUGAGCUUCUUCACCCACGACUGCUUCCACUUCACCAUCAAAGGUCAUGAGGAGCUGGCCAAGGGCCUCUGGAACAACAUGUUUCAGCCAGAGGGAGGAAAGACGGUUGUGAGCAGUUUUUCAGACCCCAUCACUCUCGUCUGUCCACCCAUGGAGCAUCCGUACAUCUUUACUCGACCACCCUCCGCCACAUCCGGUCAAUAUUCCAGACCCCACACCCGGCCAGUGGUGCUCAUCUACUUCCUGCUGUCUAUCCUCGUGGCGUUCAGGCGUCCUGGUUUUUGGUAGGACUCUUCCCAGGCAGGUGAAGACAGCAUCACCGAAAGUAAGCCUUUUCAAACAGUUACGGAAAGACAACAAUGAGCCUCAUUGUAUUACAUCAAACGGCGAAGACCUUUUUUUGAAAUGCUGUUACUAUUUUUUCAAUGGUACCUAUUUAAUAUGUUUUAUGUUUUUGUCUUGUCAAGAGUCUUUGAAAACAAAUAUAAUGUAUUUAUAAAGCUCUA